AUGAAGCAACGAGCAACGAUGCCGGGAGUUUUCUUCUGCCUCAUCUGCCCGUUCCUCUGGCCCCCUUCGGUCUUGGCAGCCAAGAUUUUUUCAGGCCAUUUAGGCCAACGUGCUCCGGAGCAAUUGGGCACUUCGCAUGCAAACACAGAGAAGGGCGGCUUGGAGGACAAGGUCUUGAGGAUGAUGGAGCGCAUGGAGGACACGGUCGAGAAGCUGCAGCGGGAGGACGCAGGCCUCAAGGAGCAGCUGGCUCAGGUGCAGGGCAAGUUGGAGACCUUUGGAGAUGGGCGAUCGGCCCCUAAUUCCGCUGACAACCCAGGCCUGUCGGGUCUGGUGGCGCGGCUCCAAGGCAAUGGCUCCAACGACCUCAGCCCGAGCUGCAAAAAGGCGGCUAAGCCUGUGGUUCAGAAUGUGGCUUCCGUUUUGCACAUGCAGACGGAGAAGGCGGAGUCAUCGCUGAGGGCCUGUCCUGGGGAGCUGAAGCUGAUGGAGUUUGGCUCAACGGGUGUGACCGAGACCUGCUGCCCCAUCACCAGCAAGGCUUGCACCGGCUGCGCCUCGUUUGGCUCGGGGACGUGCCAGCGCUGUUCGGAAGGGUUUCUGUUCCGUGACGGGAUGUGCGUUGCCUGUGCAAGCUCUGCAGGAUGGCUGAGCCAGGAUGGGAAGGCGUGCCCGCAGCUGGCGCACACUGACUGCAACGAUGUGAAAGUCAGGGGCCAGUCCAGCAAUGAGGCGUGUUGCCAAUGCGGAGGUGGAGUUUUGACCCCAUCGCCUUUCAUCUACCCGAACCGUCGCUGGUCGUUGGACUCCAACAUCAUCAUGCAGCCGGAGCCCCGCACAGCGGACCACUACAGCUUGGACGCCAAGUGCGAACUGCCGAUGUACAACCUCACCAUGGACAGCUCCACUGGUGUGAUUUCCUACAUGGAAGGCCGCGCAAAGCCGGUCGAAGCUUUCUCCCUCGAAUGCGAAGUCACAGCUCACCAAGAAUCCGACGUCACCGACGUGGCCAAGGUCUUGAUCGCGGCCAACGAGAUCAACUACAAGUCCGCCACCCUCCUCUUCCACGCGGGAACCAGUGAGGCGCCCCUGAAGAAGGGGCCCGGCUGGUCCAAGUUCGAGUUGGGCUGCGCCCCGAAGAUCAGUUGGCUCAACAUCAGUGACGCAGACGGUGUCUUGAGCUACAUCGACCAAACCACAGAGGGAGGCGGUGUCUCGGUCGUGGACGACCAAUUCUUCGGCCAGGACGGGGCGGUGUGCGUGGUCACUGCCUGGAAGGCCAACAAGAAGCCCCAAGAACGGAGUUGUUUGGGCCUUCCUCUGUUUUUGUUGUCUGGCUUACCCAAAGGCCCCUGUCGGAAAAAUGCCAGGAUAGAAGAGAUUGCACUUCGUUGCUGCACCUUCAAAAUCCCCGAAGAGCUAGUCGGCUGCCAGUCUCCAUGGAAUUCCAGAGGUACGAGACGUCUUUCGUCGCUCUCCGUCCCCGUCCAUGGACGACGCUGGAGUACGAUGCCUCGACGGUGUCAGCGACCAUCGGUGAAGAGCUCCCGCCCCUGA